AUGUAUACCUGUUCCAUUCAAAUUCGAUUGUACAUCCUUAAUCCAUAUUCAUCUGUCAGUGUUUUUCCAUAUUUUUCUCAAUCAUUUUACAUCUUAUCAAGUAAAAAUCUUUCCGAAUUUUCUCUACCACCGAUUUCAUCUUAUGCUAAAUAUGCUUCAUCCGUGCCUGAUUUAAUAUCUAUCGAUCCGUACAAUGCUUCGAUAAUAGUUCGAUCAUCUUUAUUAUAUUCAUCUUAUUCAUAUGAUUUUCGCAUUGAAGCAAUCGAUUCUCGAUCUCCAUCAUUAAGUUGUUCGAUACCGAUUCGAGUAUUUUUCGGUGUGAAUAAAUUUCCACCUCAAUUGUUAAUGAAUUCAACAAGACAAUUUAUCGAAAUUUUAUCAUCGAAAUUUCUCUAUCAAAUUAAAGCCUACGAUCCGGAUUUGUUAUUAAGUGAUCAAACAAAUUCAUUUCCACCAACAGUCGAAUACGAAAUCGAUUCACCGAUGAAUAUUGAAAUCGAACGUUAUACGGGCCGAAUAUUUCUCAAAGAUUUCAAUACAACAAAUAUUAGUUUUACAGUAUUGAUGAAGGAUUUCGGUCAACCAAAUCGUUUCAUCACUCGGCAAACAUUAAUAUUCGAUAUCAAGUCCAAUGAAAAUAUUUCCCUGACAAUUUUUUUCAUUACUGCAUCUUCAAUUAUAUUCAUUGUUAUUGUAUUAAGUAUUUUAACAUUUAUCGUUAAUUAUUGUUGUACCCGUCCGACGAAAACAUUGAAAACUCAGAAAAAAAACACUUGGAAAAAUACUUCGCCAACAACACCUGAUACUUGUUUAAUUGAUAAUGAAUAUAUGACAACAACAGUUACUUCAUUACCUCGUACGUCAAGUCGUGAACAAAGAAUUUAUCCAACAUUUUCCUAUGUUCAUGUCAAUAAUGAUGGUCAACACGAGAGAAGAAUGCUGUCACAUUCAUCAUUAGACAAAAUCAAUUUUCAAUAUUCAUCAGAUAAAAUUUCCUAUCGACAAGAUUUAGAGCAACGUUUAUCAAUGACUGAUAUUAAUAAAUAUUUAGAACGUUUUGAAAAACUCUAUAACGAUUCAUCCUCACAACAAUAUUUGCAUCAGCCGAUGGGAUCUGUUGUAUAA